UUCGUCGCGCAAGUCUGUCAGUGUCAGCGUCUUGUACAGUAAUGGUACUGAAAGAAUGGUAGUGAAUGAUUUGUAGUAUUGGUUAAUAUUUUUAUGAGAUCACUCCGAAAUUAAUUCAGUGAUAACUGUUUUGAGCGUAUAUGUAUCAUGGGAUUGUAGUUUGUCAUUAAUUUUUGUUAAAUGAUUAGAAAUUGGAAUACCGUAACAGAAACGAUAGAAUUAUUGGUUCGUUUCAUGUAAUAUAGUGAUAAGACAUUUAAAUGGCGUUAACUGUGUGCAUGUUUUGACGUUAUGAGAAAAAAGACUUUGAUAAGGCUGUACAUAUUUCAUCUCUAUGGCUAAAGGAAAAUUAAGAGGAUCAGAUUCGAAUAAUAAGCUGACAGCUUCAAAUGCAACCUUUAAAAAUGGGGAGACAUAUACGUCAGAGUUUGAAAUUAAUGAAAUACCACCUAGUGCCCGCACAUUGCUUACAAAGGGUUAUAUACAAGAUGGAAUCAAUUUUGAUUCAGGUGCUACUGUGUCAACCCGUGGACGUUUCAUGACAGACCAAGAAAAGUUACGAUGUCCUAAUGAACGUCCUUUGUACCUUUACAUACAGGGACAUACUAAACAUAAUGUGGAUUUGGCUAUACAAAAAAUUAAUGAGAUUAUCAAAACUGAACAUCAAAGUUCUUUAAAUAGGCCAAGUAGAUUUACUAAUGCACCACCACCUCUUAUGAGUUUACAUUCCGGAGUUACAUCCGUAGAAAAAAUUUGUGUUGGGAUAGAGAAUGCUCCAGAAGGGUUUGACUUACGAGGUAGAAUUAUAGGUGCAAGUGGUGCAAAUUUAUUAUACAUUAGGGGUGAAACAGGUGCAAAUGUAACUUUGAGGGGUAGAGGAUCACAGUUUAUUGAUCCAGUUUUAGGAACUGAAUCUCCGGAGCCUCUACAUUUGUAUAUAGAGCAUCCAAAACCAGAAGCAUUACAAAAUGCAAAACAGUUAGCAGUUAAUUUAAUUCAAACAAUGCAGUCUGAACUACAGUCAUACAUACAGCAACAACCACCUCCUGUACAGUCACAGCAAGUUAUAGAGCAAUCACAAAUACAACAAACACAAUUUCAAACUAUGAAUAUUGGUACCUUGGGACAACCUAAUGUUGUUACUAUACAACAUCAAGAUAUUAUACAACAUCCACAAAGUAGUGUAGUAACAUUACCAGCAACAAUUCUCACUGCUACAGUAGCUGGUGCACCAGGAUCUGGUAUAACAGUCCCUCCACCUGGAGUACACAUUCCUCCUCAUUCUGGACCAUUAGUACCACCCCCACAAACUCAGGAGAUACAAACAUUUAUGCCACCUCCACCAGUUGGACAAGUACAAUUAAUUGGUCCUCCAUCAACAGUAAGUCAAGUGCAAUAUCAAAUUCAUCCUGGACAACCACUUCAGAUUCAAGGGAUUCAACCUGGGUCACAAUCAUCACCUCAACCCGUGACUCAGAUGUAUGUGAUGAGUCAACCACCACCUCAGAAUCCAGCUCAACAAAAUUUCAUUACAAGUAGCAAUGUGCCAGUCAGUGGUGCGGUUUCUUAUGUUUAUACACAACCGAAUGUACAGAGGCCUUCUACGCCAUCGCAAGGAAUAAUUGAAGCCGUAAACGUGAAUUUACAACAACCACCGCCAGCAGCUCCGAUUAAUAUAACUCAGCAACCACCUCCGCCGCUAUUGCAUCUCCAUUUUCCUCCACCAAAUUUUCCUCCAAAUCAGCCACCACCUCCAGUACCGCAAACUUAUCAAAUACAAUACCAACAAGUUCAAGCGCCUGCAUCGCAAUCGCAAACACAGUUUGUGUUACAACCCGGGGAACAUAUUGUUCCACCACAGUUGCAACAAAAUCAUGAACAGUCUCAGGCUGUGGCUCAACAUAUGUUACCUCCACAAUUUGAAGGUCAUGCUCCUCAGUUUCAUUUACAAGUACCACCUCCGUCUACCCAAACUUUCCUAGUUCCUAACGCUCAAUCACCUCAACAUCCUCAACAACAUCCUCUUCCUCCUGGAGGUGAAGUACAACAUCAACAAGAAGGAUCAGUGGAUCAAGGGCCACAUCCUCAACCAGUACCACCUCCACAAAUUGUACCACCACCAUCAGCUGCUCAAAUGCCAAAUUCUAUGAAUAUUCUUACUAGUAUUCCGCCACCGACGCAAGCACCACCCCCACAAAAUGCUCCAUGGCUGUAUCAAACACAGCAACCCCAGCAAAUGUUACAAUCUCAGGGUCAAUUGCAGGUCCAAAUGCCACCUGCAAAUAUACCUCUGCAUAAUGUACCUCCGCCUCAAGUUCAAGCACAGAUACAGUACCAUGCACAGCAUAUGCAAUAUCAGAAUGGACAUGUCCCACCUCAAGUACAUUACACGGUUCAACCACCACCUCAACAAUUUGAACAAAAACCUGAUUCGUCGGAACAGAAAUCUCAUGGGGUAAAGAGAAGAUUUUCAGACGUUGAAACAAAUCCGGAAGCAUCGCCGUAUCAAUGUGUUCCCCUGCCUGCUCAGCGUCACGGAACAGGAGAAGGUGAUCGACAGCAGCAAGUCUUACAUGGCCCAUCACCAACAUCUAUGGGUCUACCACAUGGAGAUCGAAACAAGCUGCUAAUGCCACCUCCACAUCCAGAUGGACAUCAGGAUUGUCUACGACAUUCAUAAUGCCACGAUAAUAGAUUGCUUUCUAUUUGUCUUUGUUUGUUAUUAUUUAGAAUUAACAAAAUUUUCGCUCUAUUAUAUUACAUCAUUAUAAUAGUUAACUUAAGCAUCUUAAUUUUAAUGCUUCUUCGUAUGGUUUCAAUUCAAGCAUAUGCGUUUUCAGAUGUCUAUGCAACAAAGUGAUUUUAUAUUUCAGUGAUUACUUUUAACACGUAUUAACUAUAAUUAUUAUCAUUCGCGUUACGUUUAAAUGCAUUAUAUAUUUUAAUAUAAGUGUUUUAAGUUUAACGAGUUAAAUAAUUAAGGUUGCAUUUCUUCGGAUAAAGCGGAGCAUGCAAAUACAUGGAUUACUGUAUCAACAUUAAUAAGCAUUAAUUUAAACAUUAUUUAACGCUGUUCUUUUUGCGUAUAAGCAAUUUUCAGAAUCAAUGCUCUGGAUUUUGCAGAUAAAACUACAUGUACAUUAUAACGCUGUUUGUUUUAUAGCGAAUCCACUUUCACGUGAUCUCGAGGACGGUUUUAGUUGGAAAUUCGGCUGUUGUAGAUGCAAAUAAAUUCCUAAUGAUAAGUUUUAUUUUACAGAUCAUGGGUUAGGUAGAAAGAGCAGAUUGAAUAAGCUGAACGGUAAUUGUAACACCAUACUGACACCAUGGACUGAAAUGUAUUGUGUUCCCUAAUAAAUGUAGCUCUAUAAUCAGUAUUUAUUUUCUUGUUUUUAGUUAGAAAUGGUCAAUGGCGUGAAAUAUUGUUACAUCGUUCUAUAAUUUCACAAAUUAAAAUAAUUUAAAAAUUAAUACAAAAGAUUCAAUUUUUUUUCUUAUACAGUCUCGAGAAGAAACAUAUUCAUCUUGAGAAGAAAAAAAAAGCAGUGACAAUUGAAUAGUACAAUAGUAUUUAAAUAGCACAAAUAGCUUUCUAUUUAGCUUUUAUAAUUUUAAAAGUUUUGUACAAAAUUUUUAAUUUUAUACAAUGCAAAAAUAAUGUACUUGUACCUUUAUUUUUAAUAACAAACUAAUACUACUUAAGCUGACAGUUUUAUUACAAUAUUUCAUCACGUUAUUUGCCAUAUUAAUUCUGUGACAUAUUAUAUAUAGUUAUUGCAUAUCCUAUUGUAUGUCUUGUUUCAUUUCAUUAUUCUCAUU